AUGUCUGUGUCCAGACUUUUCACGAACGCCUCGCGGCUGCUUUCACAGCGAUCUGCCCUUUCCUCCUCAAUACGUCCUUCCUUUCGCAGAGUCGCACCUAGAUCCCUUCCUGCCAUCCGAGGAUAUGCAUCAGGGUCACAGCAGACGUUCACGGUCCGUGAUGCGCUCAAUGAAGCACUAGCAGAGGAGCUUGAGCAAGAUGAAAAGGUGUUCAUAUUAGGAGAGGAAGUGGCUCAAUAUAAUGGCGCAUAUAAAGUCACCAAAGGACUUCUCGAUCGCUUCGGCCCUAAACGAGUCAUCGACACGCCUAUCACAGAGUCAGGCUUCUGCGGUCUAGCUGUGGGUGCAGCUUUGGCUGGUCUACACCCCGUGUGCGAGUUCAUGACGUUCAAUUUCGCCAUGCAGGCAAUUGAUCAGAUCAUCAACUCUGCAGCAAAAACCCAUUACAUGUCGGGUGGCAUCCAACCCUGCCCAAUUGUUUUCCGAGGCCCUAAUGGUUUCGCCGCCGGAGUUGCUGCUCAACAUUCGCAAGACUACUCAGCAUGGUACGGAAGCAUCCCUGGAUUGAAAGUUGUCGCCCCAUGGAGCGCCGAGGACGCAAAGGGACUGUUGAAAGCCGCCAUCCGAGACCCGAACCCUGUGGUUGUUCUAGAGAACGAACUGCUAUACGGUCAGGCUUUCCCAAUGAGCGCAGAGGCUCAAAAGAGCGACUUCGUUCUUCCCUUCGGCAAGGCGAAGAUCGAACGGCCAGGCAAGGACUUGACCAUCGUGACCCUUUCCCGAUGCGUGGGCCUGUCGCUGGACGCCGCAGAACAGCUGAAAAAGAACUAUGGUGUCGAAGCUGAGGUCAUCAACCUGCGUUCAAUCAAGCCCAUGGAUGUGGAGGCCAUCAUCAAGUCUGUCAAGAAAACGGGUGUUCUCAUGGCGGUUGAAUCCGGCUUCCCUGCCUUUGGAGUUGGUGCAGAGAUCCUUGCCUUAGCGGUCGAAUACGGAUUCGACUACCUCCAGGCGCCCCCGGUUCGUGUUACUGGAGCGGAAGUGCCCACACCGUAUGCGCAGAAAUUGGAAGAGAUGAGCUUCCCUCAGGUCGACACCAUCACAAACUACGCAGCGAAGCUACUCAAGGUGUAA